UGAACUUUUUGAGGUAUCAGUAACUCUUAGACAAUGGGGUUGAUCAGCAAAGGAGCAGGUCACCAGAAAUUCAUCAAAUGGUACUGACUGCAGAACCAUUGAUUUUGUUGAAUGAUUAUAACUACUGUAACAAGACUGUUCCACAAAAAUAUGCAUUUCAACAUAACUCGUAUGUACAGGUCCCAUAUUUCAAUUCUUAUUUUAAACUUACCAUGUUAUAUGCUAUAUUGCAUGAUGUUUUAAUGGUGUGUUCAUGAGAAAGUAAGUUUGUCACUGACUGACAAUGACUGAUAAGUUGAGGGAAUUUUACACUUCCAACGAUCUUACUGAUCAUCACAUUCUCUUUUGAAGAAUGAGGUGAUUCUGAGGCAAGUACUCCACUCGACUUAGCUCGUCCGUAUCAUAAUCAUUAGCAGUUUAGAGUCAUUUUUUCCAAUGAAGAAGUCCACUCUCUUCUAUUUUUUCAGUCCACUCUCUUUAGCUUGUAACACGCACUAAACGUGCGAGAGAUUACUGUUAUCUUACUGCGUAAACUGUACCUUUUCGUAGAGGAAAGUACGCCUGAUAAACAACACGUGUCUCUACUAUAUGGAACUUUUUGAAAAAUGGUAAAAUAGUGAGCAGCACUGCACGAGCUGAAAUAGGAAUAACUUGCUUCUUCUUGUAAUUUGCACUCGUAUUGCAUGAAAAAUGCAUCCGUUUUCAGCCAAUCAGAUGCGCUCAAUUUUUUCAUGUGUAUUAUUAUUAUUAAGGGUAUGAGCUCAAUUUGAAGGCAACUUCUGUUAGGUUCGGUCAUAGUCUUGUAUCCAAACUUUUCACGGCCAAUCAGUUGAGUGGUCCCUACAUUUUAGUUACAGUUAAACGGUAGGAUCUAGGUACCAGGUUAGUUCGGUCAGUCUUUGGAAUCUCUAACCGUGGCCAGUAGUAACUGGUUGGCACGUACUUUAACAAAGAUAGAGGUCAUUUGCAUGCAGCCGAGGAUCUUCUUUCACUGAGCACGAGAAUUUCUCAAGUGGGUGAGCUGUGGUGAAUUCAGUACAUUUCUUGACUUCCAGAAGUAAAAGAAGCUGUCGAUUUUUUCCGCUAGAGAACCGGACCGAGCUACAGAAAAUGAGAGCUCGUUUAUCCAACUUACAGGAACAGCUCAGGGAAAAAGAUGACCAGUUGCGAGAGAAGGAAGGGAUAAAUCUAAACCUCCAAACUCGCUUGAAUACAAAAAAUCAACAACUGGAAGAGAAAAUUAGACAGGAAAAGAAUUUAUACCAAAAAGCACAACUAAGGGAGAAAGAGUCGGAAAAGGCUAACUUGUUUAAGGAAAGAGAUCGCCAAAACGGAAACCUGCGUGCAAUGCAUCAGCUGAAGACCAAAAUGAAAGAGCAGCUGGAGAGGAAAGAGCAAAAAUUAGUUGAAUCGGAAUUGCGAUUAAGGGAAAUGAAUCAGCAACUGAGAGAUCUUCAAGUUCAGAUCAGAGAGAAAGACAGAGCAACUGUUGCUUUGCAAGAACGAUUAGGAAUUACGGCACAACAGGUUGGCGAGCUAGAAGAACAGCUGACAGUAAAAGACCGGGAAAAGAAUGAACUAGAAAGAAGCCUUUCAACAGCUCAGCAGAUAUUACGUGACGAUCAGGCUCAAAGAUCACCAGACUGGGUUAUUCCUCGUAAUCAAAUUCAGCUGACGACUAAUUCCCUCGGUAGAGGAAGGAAGGAAGGCUCUGUGGUUGUGUCGUUGCUGCGAAAACGAUACAUGAUUUGAUUCUUUCUCCUCACAACCGCAAGUUGUUUGAACGAGAAAUAGACAUUGCCUCAAGAUGUCGACACCCUUGUUUACUGCAAUUCAUUGGAGCAACAAACGACGACCACACACACCUUUGUUUCCUACAGAGGUCAUGGAAAUAAGCUUGCGAGCACUGUUACAAGAAAGAUUUUUUUCACAGACAGAAAUCCCCGUUAUUGCUCUGGAUGUGGCUCGACGACUAAACUACCUCCAUCAAAAACACCCCAUCCCUAUUCUUCACCGUGACAUUAGCAGUGUAAAUGUGUUGCUCUGGAGACUAGGUACUCAAUGGCGAGCUUAAGUGUCAGAUUAUGGCACUGCUAAUUUCAAAAAACAGACCAUGAAAGUUGCACCUGGGGCUUUAAUCUACAGUGCACCUGAAGCACGCGCUACAAACCAAACAGUCCAGGUUAGCUCAGAUUGAUGAUCUUAAUUCACUUUUUUGACUCGAUGAGAUUAUUCGUACUUUUUUAUUCCAAUUUAUUUUAUGUACUAUACCUUUAGACAUCGUAACAUUUUGAUGGAAAGUAAUAUAUAAGCCUCCUUUCUUUGUAACUGGGCAUUUUUUCCCGGGUAGUUCUCUUCUUUACGAUGGCCGCCUUUUUUACCUCAGUUUUGGAACUAAAUCUUUCCAAAGUUGAACCACCAGUCGAAAAAAUUGCUUUCCUCAUAUAGAAAUGGUGCUCUUAUAUGUAAAAGACAUUUUUCAAAAGUAAUAAUCUGAAAAGUAAGAGUUGUCUCACUAAUUCAUAGUUUGUUCGAUAAUGGGCAAGUGCCUUCGCUGUGAAAUAUAGAUAACAGUGACGGUUACUGGCCUGAGUCUUUUUAACCUUAUUAGAAGCUCAAAGACACUUUAAAGUGAGAGAGGAAACAAUGCUUGAAUGUUGUUUCCUCCCUCACCUCAAAGUGCAGGAGGGGAUCUCUUGGGAAAAGGCUAAAAACGAAUCAUCUCUGUUACUGCAUUCGCCGUUAAAAGCGUUGGUUUAAUGAGAUUCCCAUGCAGCAAGAGUUACUUUCUUCAUAUUCCGCCUAUUCUAGGAAUUUUCCCACAAUAGCCUUAAAAGCAUGCACGAUGUUGCAUCUCUCUGUGCUGUCAUUUAUUUCUUCAUUUUCUGUGGUCAGGUUGAUGUCUACAGUUUUGGUGUACUUCUUUGUGAGAUGUCCAUCCGUGAAUUACCAGAUCCUGAAAGACGAGAACAACAAGUAGCAAUGUUGGCAAACAAUGUGCUUCGAGCUCUUAUCCGAGGAUGUCUGGAAACAGACCCUCAAGCCAGACCAACUAUGGAAGAAAUAAUUAAUGAAAUAGAACCGGAAGUGCAAGGCACCUUUUGAUAGAGUUUUCUAAUCAACUUCAAACAUAAUGUUGUCUGUAUGGUUUGCAGUAUUGCUGCUGUACCGGACGAUCACAAACAAGAUCCUGCAAAGAAAACUCUAUCUUUCCCGAUGUAACUUAAGUGUACGGAUGUAUCUUCUGAAAACCUUGUAGAAUUUUUCUGUCUAGGCGUGUUCAGCUUUCCAUCAUUCCUUACCUAGGUAGUUACAUGCUGAUCUCGUAAGGAUUUAGAUGAAAGCGUCCGUUUGGUGUGUAUUAAGCGGAAGCGUAAAAGAAAGAAGGCACACUCCGAUACCACGAAGAAGGAGUCAUGAAGAGUCCAUUUUCAGGCACCUGCUUUAAUCGAUAAAAUCAGGCUUGGCAUGGAAAGGCCCGACUGAGCCUUCUCAGUGUAAAUCAUCAAUCUUAUUGUCAGACUUAUUUAUCGUCUGCAAAUGUAAUAACGUAUCAUUAUGAUUUUUUUACCUAACGUUUCAUUACAAAACUUUCGUACGUCGAUAGAAGUUUUUGUGAAGAUAUUUGCAGUGUGUUGGUUUGGUUGGACUAAAUACAGCUAUCAUUUUGUUUGUUUUUGUUUUUCGUGUGUUCUGGUCGUUUGGGUGAGAGCGGUACUGAAUGGAUUGCUCUUGGUGACAAGGAAUGACCUUUAACAAGCUGAGCGGAAGACUCUGGUGAUGACUUCCACCCAGGGUGUCGAAACGAUGGUAACGUCCACUGGAAAAGAUCCUUUUAGGACUUCUCUAACCUGUUCCUUCUGGGUUCAGAUCAUUUACUGUAAAAAUACCUCACGAUGUUAUGCGACUCAGUGUUUUCGUGAAAAGUGACAGUAAUGAUACUUCUCACCAAAAAUGACAAUUGUUCACUUAUGCCUUGUUACUGACCAGAUUUCCAGAAGAAAAAUUUGUUUUAAAACCGAGUAGUGGUUAUUCAUCAGAAUCCACAAUAAGUGACUCUGAUCUAAGCGUUCAAAGUAACAAAUCAGUAAAGACAUGAUCCUUGCAAGCGAACAUCAGUAAAGAGAUUCAAGAAAAGAAGUUUGCAAAAUUCAGACUUUGAUAGGAUUCGAACCCGAGCACUUCCGGGCGCUAUAACCAAUUGAGCUGCGGAUCCUCAGGUUGGAAUUAUUGCAAAUUCUAGUGGCACUGUUAUUCUCGUAGAGGAUUAUAUUAAAUGAAAUAACUAAUAUUUUGAUCCGAGGAUGAAAUACAAUGAAAAGAACUAAUCUUUGCAGGUGAGCUGCAGCUGAAGAAAUUGCAAAAUAGAAGCUCUUCCCCUCGUCCUAUCUACAAAAUUUCUGUGGUCUUCUCUCAAAAAUCAGUAGAACUUAGAAUUUCAGAGCUUUCUUAUUUGCUCAUAACUUUUAAUUUGGCCAUAUCUUAUUUCCUUCAGUUCUAUAAGCACUUAUGUUGUCAAUUUUGAUCCUCAUCUGUAAAAGAUCGUUCAUGUUUUUUUCAAUAGUUGUUGUUGCAUGGCGAAAGCAAUAUGUUUAGUUGUUUACCCUUAGAUCCUUGUAAGAGUAGUUAAGCUUGUUCUUGUGAGGGAAACAAAACUUAAUAAGAUAGCAGCUCUGCAAGUUAUCCUUGAAAUCAACUUAGACGUAAAACCAAAGACCUCAGUCGUCAGCAAAAGGUGUCAGGCUCGUACCAAGGUGAUCUUACAUGAUAACCACCUGCUAUGAAGCGAAGAAAUUCUAGUUUGUAAUGAUAAGCCUGGCAUGACAUAAAGUAUGUACAACUCAUCUAAAACAUUUCUUACGCAAUUAAGUUAAAGUGUAAAAAGGAAUCAGUUCAUUUUUGAAACUAAAACUUAAAAAUCAAAUUACUGUGCAUGUUAACUAAGUGCCCAAAUAUAAAGUUUAAUGCCUACUUUCUCUGUGCCCAAACAUAGAGUUUAAUGCUUCCUUUCUAAGAUUCGCGUCCUUCAUAUCGCGAAACUACAAACAAAUGUUGCGCUCUUUCCAUUGCUCGCAGUGCUUGUAAGUUUGAUUUUCCAUGGUAGUAGGGGCGGCCGUUUUUGGAAUAUCGAUGACUGUAGCCUUAUUUAACCAUAACUAGCAGUAAUAUCGCGAUCUGAUCGGCCAAUUUGCUGUUGUCGAUGAGAGUAAAGACAACGCCGCUCGCGUCCACUUGUCACGCAAUGGUCACGCAAUUAAAGAAUCGUUUCAUUUGACGUCGUUAUUGUGGCCACUGAGAUGACGAUUACCGUUGACGAUAAGCGAACAGACCAUGCUAAACCACUGCCGAGUUGUUUAAAUAUUGAAAAAGAAGAUUUCUUUCGUCUGCUCCAAAUCGCUUCCUUCCCAGAAUACUUUUACAGUGAGAAAUUUACAUAGUGAUAAUUUUAUUAAGAGGACUGCAAAACAUCUCUUUUUGAAAUGAAAACAUAAUGAAUCCUGAAGAAAGUAAGUUGUUUCGAUAUGAUUGUCCAACGGUCAACUCAUGGCGAAGUCAAUGAUUGAAGAGAUUAAAGCUUGACAGUGAUUGAAAAGAGCCCUUUACCGAGACACCAGAAAAGAGGGAAGAUUUGGCCUUCGUAAGUGCUGUAGUCGUUUUUGUUGAUAGAAAAUUGUAAACUAUAUCCUGGAUUUUCAGUAAACACUUUAAACAAGAGCUAACGUAGAAUACUUCACAUUUGGCAUAUCAUUUGGGUUGAAGUCAAACUUUAAAGUCAGCAACUUUAUAUUAGGAGGUUUUUCUCUAAGUGUUUAUAAUUUUCAAAUUAUGAGCGAUUUGCCAGAAGGCAGGCACCCACCUGCUCUCUUUCCAGCCCUUAUGCUUAUGACUGAGAAUGGAUUUCCACACCCGUUGAAGCAAACAGGCAUCCCUAAUUUACACAACCACUAACACUGGCGACGGAGAACACCAUAAGAUUGCAUGAAACCCUUCAUCUCAAGAGUAAAAUUCAGUUCGGUACGGCGCUAGCAUAUUCCUCCCCCUUGCUAGCUACGUCCUCGUGUCCGGUUCUCAGAAAGCGGAAAGCAACUCACUUUUGGGGUCUCCAAGUUUCACGAUAACCGCUUAGGAACGAGGCCGAGUGGCAGAAGAGAGUUUUUUUUUCAACAUCUCUUUUAUCUAAGAUACUACUUAAUUUUUCUGUAUCGAUCAACAGUAUACAUUCUCAAUUGCUUUCCCUUUCCCUUUGAGCGACUGAUCAGUUCGUAAUCAGUUCUUGGGAAACUUUAAAAUAUUAGCGUAUUUGCUGUCGUUCUUCUACAAUGCAACUAAAUUGAGUUUUUGUCCUUUCAUUUUGUGUAAAUACGUAAGUGUUCAGCUCCACUCUAAAUAAUAUCAGGUAGGCUUGAUGGUGAGUCUUCUCAGGCAAUUUUCAGAGUGUCGGGGUCUUGUAAAUGAAGGAACUAACCCGGCUUCUAAAAUUUACUUCUCAUGAUUCGAUUGAGGAAUGGUUUGGUUAUAAUUCCUAAUAUUCUUCUUGUGUUUCUUUCAGUUUUAAACCUACGGAAACAAUUAAAUUUAAACCUUUCAAAUUUUUCAAAAUUCCUCGUCCACUCAUCCGCCGUCUUAGUUAACGCUGGCCGUAAACGAGCCCACAGUGUGGUGCGAUGAUCCCAGAGUGCAAUACGCUCGCGAUAUCUGCGAAAUGUCAUGCAUACAGAAGUUGAUCUGCACUGUUCUAACUGUGGGAUAACAUUAAUGAACAUCGUACGCAUCGUUUAAUUUGUCCAUUCAGUUUCCAAGCGGACGCUGUAAUAGGUUAUAGAGCCCGGAAAAAAUUAUUGUAUAGCUUACAUAUUUGAAUUUUUGAACUUGAUUGGCUGAAGUAUAAAAAACUGUAAUUUUUCUACGCAGCAGAGAAAACCAUCCAAGAGCUCGCACAACUUCACUCUAUUUGCUUUGGAAGACCUCUAUGAAGCAAAGAAAUCGGUAAGUCACCUCUCCUAGUUGGUACUAUUGUAAUUGAGGGCUGAUCAUGAUAUUUUUCAUUGUUUGAAGAGCAUCAAUGGAUUAUCUGAUUCAGUUGUCACUCGACAUUCUAUAAUGACGGUUUCUUUUAUAAUGGCCACAGAAGCCAAAAAGCCGGAAGAACUUUUAUUUAUAGUCUGUCUUUAAAAAGAGUUAAUUACAAAACAAUUUACACUUUGCUAUAAAGCUCAAUUCUUCCUGUUAGCUCAAAGAAAAAUAAAGUUUAUACAGUGAAAAAUUUAGAUAAGUAACCCUAUAAUCAUCGCCAUGCCAAUGGAUUUGAAAGGCUUUUGGUAAUACUGAAUUCAGACAAUGGGCGAUCUGUCGCUGGGUUUCAAUGUUUCAAUGUUGUGUGUGGAAACGAGACAAGCAUGAUACUCAAGUUUUGUUGCACUUUGGCUUGAGUCUUUGAUCUUUGCAAUUCUUGCAUCAACUAAAAUCCUUGAGGGGAAAGCCAAAAUGUUUUUCUCAAACAUCAAAGAAAUCACUCUGGAUAUGUUUUUUGGCAUACCUCAUUACACUGAGACUUAUAGAAAAUCACUGUCCACUAUGAAAGUGUUGUAAAUAGAAGGAAGCUAACUACUGUAACAUUAGUACCAAAAUGGCUUAGGCAUAAGCAAAGUUAUAGUUCUAAGCUAGUACAUGAGUGGUCAAUUUAAUUUGUAAACCCCUCAAAUAGUUGUUUUCCAAUGCAUAGAGUCAUAAGUACAUUCUUAGGGUGAUAUGACCCAGCAACUCUGAUAAUAGGACUGCAGUGCAAUUCUUUGGUCACUUCUUUGCUGAUUGAUUCCAAGGUAAAAGUUGAAAAUUACUAGGUAUGCUUUGUUGCCAGCACAAAGUUUAAAGUGUUCCUCCUUCAUGUUGUCCAUUUAUGUUGCUUUUAAAAACCUGGAUUUCCUCUUUUUUCAGGGAUUACUAAGAUUAAGGAAAGGGCAACAACUAUGUUUCAGGAGCCAUCCGGUAAACCUGACUUCACAUUCAGAUGCCAGGUUUGAUCCUUAUAAUUUUAAUUAUCCUUUUAAUUAUCACCAUUAAACCCAUUAUUAGUGUUAUUAUUGUUAUUGAUAUUAUUAUAUCUCUCCUCAUGAAUUAACUGCUCUAUAACAUGGAUUUAAAGCAUUUGGUUUAUUAUCUGUUAUAUUAUUCUCUGGUGAGUAAACUGUGGUUGACUCAAGAUAAAGUAAAGUACUUUGUGCAGGUAUAAUCACAUGAUUCCAAUUGGAGUGUGAUAUAAAUAUACCCAUGGUAUUUUCUAAAAUUUACCAGUUCUCAUAAAUUUAUUCCAAAUAGCACAGGAAAACUCAAGGGAUUACUUACUAAUAAAAUAGAGUAAUAAUCACUGAGUCACCUCAUAAAAGUAGCACAGAGGCAAAGCUCUCAAAUCAUAAUAAUAAUAAUAAUAAUAAUAAUAAUAAUAAUAAUACAAGAAUUUAUAUAGCGCCCUUUCCGUGAGCUCAAAAUCAUGUGCAAAACUCAAAAUAAUUUCCAGCUAUUGCUGGUCAAGUUGUUCACUCAAACCUAUUAUUGUUCAGACACCAAGUUUUGGCCAGAGAAAUGUCUAUUGUGUCAUACCUCAGUAAAUCCUGGGGGGUCCCCCCCCCCCCCUCCAGUAUAUUUUUCGGGCAUUUUCCCUCCUCCAUUACUAUUGCGCUGUUUAAUAUUUGCUCCAUUCUACCAAUGUUCUGAUCAAGUAAUAUCUGCCUCUCCAUAUAUUUAAGCAGUUCAGAAAGCCACAAAACUUUAGAACAAAAGUUUAUCAACAAACACUUUUCAUCCAGCUGAUUUAUUCUUUUUUUUCUUGUUACCAUGUUCCCACUAAUAGCGUAACUCCUUUUUCUGCAUAUAAAGACACACACAACCCACAAUUCCUUUAUUCACUCUGAUGCAGGGCUAAUGCUCCAAAUGUCAGCUUUGAAACUCGUAACAGUGGCCAAUUUAUGUUAUCAACUCAGUUAAUAAUAUCAAUUUACCUUGCUAUACUCUUUCAAUGAUGCAGCACCACAGUUUCUUUAGAAACUUACCCCCUUUAGACCUAAUACACCAAACUACACCUGCUACACUUACUGCACCAAACUACACCUACUGCACUAAGGUACACUUACUGCACCAACUACUUGAUUUUAUGAUAGAAUAAAUGUUAGUUUUUUUCUUAGAUAUAGUGUAAAACCUUGCCACAUUUUUGUGAAAGUAAUCAUGGAUCUCUUAUAAUUAUAAUCUGAUCAAGAUUCCCUCAAAAAGAAUUAUGUAAGAUUGGAGUAAAUUUGACAUAUUCUUCUCAAAGUUUCUAGGAACUAAAGACAUCAGAAGGGAAGCUAUGUACAUUGAGCCUCUGAAGGAAAUAAAGGUAAUACACCCUUAACGUGUUGGAUCCUAAAGCUGUAACAACACAUUAACAUAUUGUUAUUCAAGCUAAAUUGCUUAAAAUGGUUUCAUAAUUAAUUCUUUGAUGGGUCAGUGUUUCAACACUUUUUUACUCCUAAUCCCUUAAUAAAUGGAAUCACAAACACUGCCCAUCAAUUUUCUCUCAAUAAUUAAUGAUGAUGUGACAGGAACAAUACAGCUUGCUAGAUACAUGCCUAAUUUUACAUUUAUGGGUCUGCAACUUUUAAGAAACAAAUGGUAAUGCCAAUUUUUUAAUAUUUAAUUGCAAUCAGCAUAUUACGGUUCACCUUACUCAAAGUUACCUUUAAGCUCCCUUCACAUGUUGCUGUUUUGUUAACAUUCAACAAUUAUUCACAGAAGGUGAAGUGAGUAUUGUUGUAUGAUAUUCACUGAGCAUAAGGUAAAUAAUUAUUUUAGUAUAAUUGCUUGUAGGUGCUUUUGAAAUCUAGGAAUUUGAUAAGUUUAUUAAAUUCAAUCAGCAAAAACUUCAUGUCUUUCUUUUGAAAGGUGUUACUCCAAACUUACUAGCAUCUUUUGUGCUAUUUGGAAUUGAAUUUUCUUUAUCAUGUUCGUCACUUCUUCUGUAACACUGACAAAACCUGAGGCAGCCAUUUUGAAAUUUAGUGCUCCUGCUUUAAUCACCACAAACAAGAUAUGAUGUAAUCCUCUACCAAUCAGAGGCUGUACAUCUAUAUAAUCACUGGAGCAAUUUUAGUAUUAUUAAUUAUGUUCAGUGUGUGUGAGGCAAAAUCACUGAAUUCAAAACUGCAUUGUAACUGAAGUUUAAACAAUCUGUGAAGUAUGUUCAGAGCCACCUUAAAUACAUUACAUUGUUGCAGAAUUAAGGUGGCACUGACACCACAACACACCUUUAUUUUGAACUUUGUAAAAACAAUCAAAUUUGAUAUGUAAAUGUAAACAUUAGGAGCUCACACAUACCUGGGUUUAUGUACCUGUAACAUGUACAUGUGGUUCAUUUAUCACAUGCAUGAAUAUAAAUUUGGCAAGGGCUGCAACUUUUCAUGCAUAAAUCAGUCUGAUUGCUAAAUGUUGCUGUAAAUUGUAAUUCGUCUUUGUAGGCACAAGCAGGAGGCUUUUAUUCAGAAUACAUGGAGACAUCUUGUAAACUAUGUAUUACUAAGACUGCAGGUGUCUGGAUAGAGCAAGAGGGACAUAGAGUAAGAGAACAGAGUUUAGAAUUUGUUUAUCAUAAUAUUGUAUAAAUUUUAUCCACACAAUUUAAACCAGUUCUCAAAUCCAAUGUCAAUUUUUAAAGUCUAUCUAUUUUGUCAAAAUUUGUGCGGCUAACUUGCUUGUUUGAAUUAUCUCACACAAUGCUCAGAAAAUCAUAGUUAAGUUCUCUUAAGAGGUGCCGUCUUGGACAUCUUAGAAAUCAUCUUCUAGAAGUGUUCUAAGUUUUUCUUUGACUAUAUUUUUGUAGGUUGGAGUGCGUCCAUGUCCCGAAUGGAAAAUAAUAUGCACUAUUCAAGAUCCAGAUGACAAAACAGUAUUUGGUUAUGUGUGCUGUUCACCUCUCUCCUUUACAUACCUGCGUACGCUUUAUGCUUUCAAGUCCGAAGUAAGUGAAACCAAAGAGGCCUUGUGAUAAUUUAGCUGAAUUAUUAGGAAUUAGCCUGUUUAUUUAUGGACGAGUUUAAACUGGGAAUCUUGUCUUCUUUAAAGAAAAACAAUAUGCAAGACUAGGCUUUGGAACUCAUGGGGGUUCUUUCAUCGGAACCAAUAAAGAUUGCUCAGUUAUAUAGGGCUAAGGUAGAGAAAGCUCAGAUUGUCAAAGCAAUGGAUUUGUUCCAAGGAUUCUAGAGGGGUUGCCUACAUAGCCUUAGAAUGGAGCCAUGUUUGACAGCCAUCACUUGGCAAUAAGUUUGAUUUGAUCCCCAAGACGUCCCUUGGCGUAGUUCUGUCUCUACGAUAACUAGUAUCAAUCUGUUAGGUACUUAGGUUGCGUUAAAAUCGCAAAAUCUCUCCUUUUCACCGUAGCGGUGAAGGUUUUAUACUUUAAGAAAAAAGGCUGUGGACCGACCAGAAUAUCUACAGACACUGUAAUUUCAGAAGUAUAAAGAUAAUUUUUGGUGAUGUUUUUUGAGCCCCAAAAAGUUAUCUUCCUUUGCCCAAGUUCUACCGGAGGAAAGGUAUUCCAGGUGAUUUCUCUUUGAUGAUUGAGGAUGAUUGCAAGGGAUAACUAUUGCAAAAGUAUCGGCCAUUUUUGAAAAUGACGUUACUAGCCAAUUUUUUGUGUGCAGUUUUACCCCUUGUCUUAGAGGUAAAUUUUUUUUUUCUUUAGACAAACAUCCUUAAUUUAUAAUACAGAUUACAACUUAAAGACUCGCAAGUGCAUGUCUCGAUGAGUUGCGAGCUUUUGAUGUAUUGCAUAACGUUUUUGCUCUUCAGGCCGAGGUUAUCAUCAGAAUCUUGAGCAAAUAUGCGGGAGCUGCGACUAAUAUCCUGACAGAGGCGGCUGGAUCACUAUAUGGUAUGUACUAUUGAGCCAAAGUGCCCCAUGUACGUUGUUUCAUAGUUAGCCAGGUUAGUUUUUUACUACGUAAAUGACUUAUUGAUUUUCUCGUCGCCUGUGUCUUUUUUUAGGGCGCGCACCUCUUCGAUAUCAGCUCGCUCUUGUGCAGGACUGUCAUUAGUUACAGAGUGCUUAUCAUCCCCAUCAUAAUCUUCAUCAUUGUUAUUUUUUGUUCAUCUUAUCAGUUUAAUCAAACAGAAUCCUUUACGUGACCUAAGGGCACGUGUAUAACGGAGGCGUCUAACCACUUUCAUGUAGGUGCUCUGUUUAAGAGCAGUCAAGGUACACGCAGAUAAAUAUCCAAUUGGAUGUUACUACAAGUGCCACUCAGUUUACUUACUCCAACAAUGAGUGACGAAGGAUAACAGCUCGGCUUAAUUUCAUCACAUUUCAAAGUUUCCAGUUAAUGCCGACCUGCACCACUUUCGAAUGAGUUCUCCUUUAGCCGUUUAGAAAGUUAAAAUGUAUGACUGAAAUAUACAAAUACACAAGCAAAACCGGGCAAGCCUAAAAAGCUAUUCCAUAAAAUUUCCAAAUUUUCAUGUUGUAUUUUUCAAUUUAAAACAUACAUAUUCGGGUCUCGAUCUUGAUUCAUAAUCCCAUUCAUUUUCUAAAUUUGGAUCUUUGUACCUUUUACAAGGAGCCGGAGACCUCUCUCAGAAUUUGACACAUCUACAGGAACAACUGCAAGAAAAAGGAAGGAAAAAGGCCAACCUCUUGAGGCAAUCAGAAAAUUUCCAAAACCAGGUGGCGCGAAAAAAUGAUGAGUACUUAACAUUGCAGAGUAAACUUCAGCAGUUACAGAGUGAAGUUUCCAUCUUACAGAGACAGCGAGCGGAACAAUCCCAGGAAGUAGAUGAAAUGCGUCGUCAAAAAGCAAAUGUUGAAACACAACUAAGGCAAAAGGAACAGCAACAGCUCCGGGAAAGAGACCAAGUGGCAGCCCAAAACCAGCGAUUGAGAGAGAUGGAACGACAACUGGCGCAAAGAGAGAAGAGUUCCUAUGAUUGGAUUAUCUGCCGUAAUGAAGUUCAAGUGACCGAUAAGCGUCUUGGGUCUGGAGGUUGGGGAACGGUUUAUGAGGGCAGAUACUGUGGUUGUGCUGUUGCCGUGAAACGAAUCCACGAAGAGAUUGCAUCACCCUUUAGACUUAAAAUUUUUCAGCGUGAAAUUGACAUGGCUUCAAAAUGCCGCCAUCCAUGUUUGCUGCAAUUUAUUGGAGCAAUUAUUGACGAGGAUUGUCCUCUCCUGGUGACAGAGCUAAUGGAAACAAGUCUACGGCGACUUUUGAAUCAAAGAUCUCUGUCCAUCCGAGAAGUCUCCAUAAUUUCGCUGGAUGUGGCUCGGGCACUGAACUACCUUCACCGAAAACGACCUGUACCGAUGAUUCAUCGUGACGUCAACUGUGCUAAUGUGUUUUUAUGGCGACAGGCCGGACGGAAGACAGGCAUUCAAGAGGUUCAAUGGAGAGGAAAGGUUUCCGAUUAUGGCACUGCCAAAUUUGUAGAACAAGUCAUGACUCGAACUCCAGGAUGUUUGGCGUACAGUGCACCUGAGGCGCGUACAACGACCCAAACAGCGAAGGUAUCAUUACUAGUGGUUUGUGGGCAAUGUACACUCUAUUUUGGCCAGAAAAGCAGAAUUAGUUAAAUGAUCCAUUUAAUUAAUAAGCACCCGGUAUUUUUUUGUCGGCAGUGACCAAAUUAUAGUGAACAGUAUGAGAGCAUAGAUAAUAUAAAAGCAGGGUUUUCUUAAGUAGACAAAAGAACGAGGGUUGAUCCAAUAGUUUAUGAUAACUGCACUCUAUCAUUUGAAUUGUGUACUUUAAGCUCAUCUUGUUUUUUUUUGUAGCAAUUCUAUCUAUUCAAAAGGAGAGGGAACACAUGCGGAUGAAACAAUGUAUUUCUGUUCUGCUUAUAGUCAAUGGCACUAGAAAAUUAUCGUAUGUUAGGUAGCUCGCUAUACUCGACUCGAAGUGACCUUAUCUUUACCUAGUCAUGUUGUUGAAUAAUUUUUAGAUCGAUGUCUACAGCUUUGGUGUUCUUCUGUGUGAAAUGUGCAUUCAAGAACCUCCAGAACCUGAAAGGCGUGAUGAGCAAGUCGACAAGAUGUCAAACCGAACGCUGCAAGAGCUCGUGCGCCAGUGUUUGCAAACGAACCCAGAUGAUAGACCAGAUAUGACAAAAAUCAUUGACAAACUUGAGAAGUUCCAGGAAAUGCUUCAGGAGUCUUAGUGUCAUAUUUUUAAAGAGGGGAAUGUAAGUUUUAACACCAAAAAUCUUCUCAAACAGCCAGCACAAUCACACACGUUUCAGUACGUUUCUAUGUCAAGGAGAGAAAUUGGAAUCAGUCAAUCAAACAUAUCAUUCUUUUCCUGGCGCGUGAUAAGUUUAUGUGAUUUUGUUUCCUUGUUUGGUUUUCUUAUGUUUUUGGUGUUUUCCUCAAGUUACAAUACGUAUACAAUACUUAUGGCACUCAAUUUCCUAACGGAAUCGAGUUUAUAUGCGGUUUAUUAACGGUUCACGGGAAAAAAAACACAGGCCUCUUGACUCUAUACGUAUCGCUUUCUGCACUCGUGAAAUAUGCUUAGCGCACCAUUUGAUUGUCUUUUGGCGAAACUGCUUGUUUACAAACACCCCAAGUUUCGCACCUUUUAAAAGGGUAGAUGUCAGUCUUUAUGUUAUCACUAGGCUUUCCCUUCAGUCCUAAUUAAAACUUUCCGAUAUAUAUAUGUCUAAGACCUUUUUUAUCUCCAUCUGUGUGUUAUGUGCAUUCAUUAUUUGCCAAGGUAUCAAAGGCGUGAUCCUUAAGUCGAACGGGUAAAUUAGUGCUGAUGGUGCACAAGAAUCAUGAUGACACUCCAAUAAACGUUCAUUUACUCCGUAGGCUGUGACGUUUCAUCCAGAAUUGUCUCCAAGCAAGGCCUGAGACGAGAUCAAGUAUGGAAGAGAACAUUUUCCAAUGAGAACAACUAUAGUAAGAUUGUAGAUUUAAGCUGUUAGCGUGAGGUAUAUGUAGUUUCUAGGUAAUAUUCUAGCAUUCUUUACCAAAAAUUGUAGAUAACGUGGAAAUUCAUCUUAAAAUUCACGGUCAUAAUUCAACAUAAAAUUAUAGCACAGGUAAUAAAAAACAUAUCAAAGAGAAAUUGUAGCUGGUUGAAACUGCAAUUUUUGAUUUGCUAUUGUCAUGUGUUCCAAGUGGUAUUGAUGACAAUAUAAUUUCCUUAGUGAUGGGGAUUUAUGAUGAGUAAGCGACAGUUUUCUGUCAUUACCUUUUCGCUGGCUGGAUAAGCUCCAUCUAGUUAAAAGUACUCAACCUUGGGCCUCUCUGCAGAUAAAAUGCUCCCACCUGAUUGAGUGUCCAUUUUAAGUCUUUCUGUGAGAACCUAAGGCGCCCUCAGUCAGAAACACGAAUUACAUUCGCAAAAAAACUAGUUGUUGCAGAUACCUUUAAAAUAAUAAGAAAUCUGUCAAGGCUUAAAAGCCCUUCUAAGACAAACAACCUCUUUAGAUGACUGCUUUAUUAGUCAAGCGUAUUAAAAGACGAGGUAACACAAAAGUAAGAGCCAAAGGCAUGUAUGUGACAGAAGCUAUAGUCCAGGAAAUGGAUAAUAAAAUUUUUUUUCUUAAAAGGUC